GUCUUCACGUGCUCGUUCGCCGCGCGUAUCUGUGCUACUGUCAGUUCUUGGUGGUGGACCAAGAUCAAAGAGGGAGGAAGAAGUAGUGGUUCUCCUGAAGGCAUAGGACGAUUCUUCUCGAAAUGUGUGGGCUCCUAUUCUUCUCGGCGGUUACUUCUGUCGUCCUGAUGGCUACAGUAGAAUUCACAUCAGGUGCAAAUCCUUUGGAUCUCGCCAUGAUCACUUUAAAAGGAGAGAAGCUGAACGAAAAACAUUAUUGCGUCUCCUACGCUCCGGCUGUCAAGGAGAUCAAAAAAGAAAAGGAAGCUGUGUUCCGACCCCUGGUCAGCUUAGUGAAUGACUCUGAGUGCAACUACGAGAAGCGAGGCUUGGAAGGCAAAGUUGCAAUGGUUGAACACUGUUCCAAUGACACCAACGACGAGAUCAUAAUAAAGCUCAAGUCGGCGAAAGCGUCUGGGGCGAUAAUUCUCGUUGCUCCAAAGCGCAAGGCGAAAGAAAUAGAGACAACGAUAACAAAAGUAGAUAUUGAGGUGGUCUUCCUUCCCAACAAGACUGGAUACGAGAUAGCGAAAUACGACACUGACCAUAACAGCACGUUGUACGUGAAGCUCUUCUCGAGACCACCUCCAUUUGAUUGGAGUUUUGGAGUUAUCUGGAUAAUUGCUGUUUUCACUGUAGUCUGCGGAUCCUUUUGGGCCGGAUUAGUGCAGCAUGCUGAGUAUCAAUCGAGGAACAAAUGCAAGAGCAAGAAAAAAGGGAAACCAGUUGCCCAACUUGUACAGCGGAGCAGCGAAGCAGAUGUCCUGAAGACUUGUGGAGUUCCCAUGGCUAUGCUCCAGGAGAAGGCAGACUUCACAGAGUCGGGUGAUGACGCUGACGAUGACUUUUCAGUUCCCAUUUCGGCAAAAAUUGUCAUCAUGUUCGUGAUUCACAUGUGUGUCAUGCUACUGAUGCUCUACUACUUUUUCCGGUACCUCGUGUACGUAAUCAUGUUCUUGUUUGCGAUGUCUUCCUCGGCUGCGCUCGUCGCCUGUCUGGACCCUCUCGCCCGUCGCAUUAAUAUUGGAACAAGGAGGGUACCGAAGAUUCUGGCAUCUUGCUGCCAGGCGCCCCUGGAAAUCCGGGACGUAGUAGUCCUGUGCGUGGGCUUCAGUGUGGGCAUCACGUGGAUGGUAAUACGACACCAUGAGUAUGCGUGGGUCUUGCAGGACAUACUAGGCAUCGCAUUCUGUAUCAACAUGCUCAAGGGCAUUCACCUGCCAAAUCUCAAGAUGCUGUGCCUCCUUCUCGUGCUGCUUUUAGUCUACGACGUGUUUUUCGUUUUCAUCACUCCUCUACUUUCAGCAACCCGCGAAAGUGUAAUGGUCGAAGUAGCCAGAGGCGGGUCCUCAUCGGAGCAGCUUCCGAUGGUGAUUAAGUUUCCGAGGCUCAACCACAAUAAAUUCGAGAUCUGCAUGCCGAUGAAGUUCUCGAUAUUGGGACUCGGAGACAUCCUCGCUCCUGGUCUCCUGAUCUCUUACUGCCACGCAUUCGACCUUUUGGCACUAGGCACGCGCUAUUACUUCUACGUCGGCUGUGUAGGGUAUGCCGUCGGUAUGGUAGUGACAUUCUGUGCGUUGCAUCUGAUGCGAAGUGCUCAACCCGCACUUUUGUACCUGGUGCCAUGCACAAUUAUUCCGACAGCUUUAGUCGCCUACUACAGAGGACACCUCUACUCAAUCUGGAAUGGCGUUCGAUUGUCCAGCACAGCAGCGUCGGCCCCAAAGCCUUUGACCGUCAAAGAGCACGGUGGUGCGAACAAGGAGGAGGAGGGAGAACCGAAGAAGCCCCAUGACCCUUUGAUAAAGGGUGACGGUGCGGGAGGGUCACGUUCGUGUUCCGAAGCCGAGCUCCUCCAAGGUACAGAACCCGACCGUGAGACACCGGUCAAGACACAUUACAAAAAGAACAAGAAGGCCAAUAAAGGGCGAACUCUAGAUGCAGCUGCGCCACCGGCAGAAGGCACUCCAGCAGAGCAUGAAGGAUCCAUAUGUGACCCUCUAGGGUCUCCGGCGUCUCCAAGCGGCGAUAGGACUCCAUUCUUGGAACCCAUCAAGCUAAGAGACAUUGGAACGCUGGAUGCUGAGCCAGAAGUCGUGCCGUCCACAUCUCGAAGGAAGGCUCCAGGGCUCUGGGAUGGAUGCUCGACUUUUGUUACCAAUUCACAUGGCAAUGCCUUGGAGACCCUCGCAGAACCUCCAUUUCCCGUUCCACUCUAAGCUGGGUUCUCUUUUCCGUGUACACUAAAUACAAAAUAUUCGUAUUCGUAUUCUUCGGCUCAUCUCUGAACGGUAUGAGUAAGGCUUCCAUUCCAUGUUGUCAUUUGCAGGGAGCAACGUUUAGUAGUUAUUUUCCUUGGUACCACUUUUCAACCACCGCCACAUUCGUUUUGUACCCUUUAUGAGAAUAAGAAAACAUGCGUAUGUGGUUAGUAAGUACCCAACUUCCUGUAAUUAGUGAUAUCACUGCGACUUUUCGCAUGCCUAAUGUAGGGGCUGAGAAGCUGCAAAUAUGCGAAUAAAGCCUAACUCAAGUCUGC